CCGCGCAGGCGCAGUGGUUAGCUACUUAUGCUAACAGACAGACAGAUAAUUCGAUUUAUGGGAAAGCGCGGAUACAGAGGUACAUAAGGUGCUUCUCACUAAUACGUUAAUUUCUUCGACCUAAAAUGAGUCAUCAAAUUGAAGGAUAAACCGGGAAUAAUCAGGAUGGAUGUAGAUCUGUGUGGUGGUGCGGAUGGCACCCGAAGAAACAUGGAUUCAGCUGGUGAAGGGACAAUAGAGAUUGUGCCUUUGGAAAUGUACGACUCGGCCAGAGCAAAAAUAGAUGCCAACCUGCGAUGGCUGUUCGCCAAGGCAUACAGCAUUGACCACAUCCCAGAGGACCUGAGGGAUCCGUUCUACACAGACCAGUAUGACCAGGAGCACAUCAAGCCUCCCGUCCUCCAGCUGCUGCUGUCCUGUGAGCUGUACUGCCGGGUGUGUGCCCUCAUCCUGAAGGCAGACCAGGCCGCCUCGCUGCAGUCACACAUGUCAGUCAUCCAGGCCCUCAGCCGUAAAGGGAUCUACGUCAUGGAGAGUGAUGACGCCCCUGUCAGAGAUGCUGACCUCUCCUGUGUGCCCAUCAAAAUGAGUGCCCACAUGCCCAUGAUCGAUGCCCUAAUGAUGGCCUACACUGUGGAGAUGAUCAGCAUAGAGAAGGUGGUGGCCUGCGUCAAACGCUUCUCCACCUUUAGCGCCUCCAAGGAGCUGCCCUUUGACCUGGAGGACGCCAUGGUCUUCUGGAUCAACAAGGUGAACCUGAAGAUGAGGGAGAUCACAGAGAGAGAGCUGAAGGUCAAGCAGCACCCGCUGGAGUCUCCCAGUCACCAGAAGGUGAGGUACCGCAGGGAGAACACCUUGGGCCGCCAGCUGCCCUUCUUCCCCCUGCUGGAGGAUCUGAUGAGGGACGUGUGUGACGGCGCCGCCCUCCUCACCGUGGUCCACUAUUACUGCCCCGACCACAUGAAGCUCCACGAUAUCUGUCUGAAGGAGGUGACCUCCAUAGCUGACAGUCUGUACAACAUCCAGCUGCUCAAGCAAUUCUCAAAUGAAUAUCUCAACAAGAGCUUCUACCUAACCAUGGAAGAUAUGCUCUACUCUCCACUGGUUCUCAAGCACAAUGUGAUGGUGUUCAUCGCUGAGCUCUUCUGGUGGUUUGAGACUGUCAAGCCAGAGUUUGUCCAACCCAGGAUGGAGGAGUUCAGAGAUGCCCGAGCCAUGGCUCAGCCGAAGAGUGCCCGCCCCUCAGUGCCCAUCUCCAACGCCACCAAGCGCAGCUUUCAGGUUACCCCUGGCAUCCCAGAGGCCUCGCUGUCUGUUUCUGCCCAGAGCAGCCCUGAUGGCAGGUACUCCCUGUACCCUGCUGAAGGCUCUGACCCUCUUAACAAGGGAGGUCCUGGGGAAGCCUUCAGCCCCUCCCACCCACUCCUCCCCCUAAGGCAGAGACAGCAGCAGGGAGAGGACGUAUCAGGCAUAAGAAACCGCUCCAACUCCUUGGAGAACAAACAUCCACGAGGCUCAGUGCAGGCCUGGUCUGACAGGAGACAGAGGCCGACGUCUACGCUCAACCCGUACACGUUUGGCAUCUCAGCCACUGACAGCGAUGGUGACAGUGUGAGUCUGGCCCGCUCCAUCAGUAAAGACAGUCUGGCCUCUAACAUAGCCAACCUCACACCCAAACACCAGGUUCUCACCCCCCAGGGCCACGCCCAGGUAGGCUGUGCCCCUGUCAGCCCCGCCCCCCGCCGAGUCAACGGUCACGGCCUUCUGGGAAACGUCAAUAUGGAGGAGGACAGUGUGGCCGUGAUGAGGACAGACGCGUCAGCCUCUCUUCCCAGUCAGGGAGAGGCGACGCAGCAAACUGCUGGGGCCGAGCCCAAGGAUUGUUCUUAUUUAGAACCUCUGAUGCCUGCUGUGUUGAAAUCGGUGAAAGAGAAGUCUGUAUACCUGAACAAGGAGGAGGAGAGCGGGGAGGUGGGUCGAUCGCGGGGAGGGGGUUCUAUCCGGAGAGUAGAAGGGGGACCUGAACUUGUGGCGUCGGCCAGGAGGAAAACCCCCACCACCCUAAACCGGACCUACACUCCCGCCUCUAGUGGGGAGUUUGACUUGUCUACUGAGAUCUCACUGGCUGGGCCACUCCAGGGACAGGGGGCCUUCAAUCCCAUGGACACAAGCAGUGUGGACCCCGACUCCAGAGUUCCAGCAGGUGGCUUCUACCUCCACUCUGACAGCGAAGACCAGAAGCCUUGGCAGGAGCCAGACCUGGACGAGGCUCAUGAUGAAGACCUUGAUGAAGCCCUCACCACCAAGGACCCAACUAGGCCUAGGAAGACCUUUGACGAGGAGGAGGAGUCAGCCAAGCUUAUGGAGGACCUGAAGGUGAAAGAAAAGAGGGACAAGGACAAAGGGGAUGAUUGUAGUAGCGGUCGCUCGAGCCCCUGUCUCAGCACCCACUCCCAGGCCAGCAGCCUAGCCAGCGGCAGCGUACGCAUGACCAGCUUCGCUGAACGCAAGGCCCAGCAGCGCUUUGGCAGCAACCAGGACCUGCGAACCAGUGCCUCCAGCUCCCAAAGGACCACCCCGGAUGGCUCUGAGUGCAGCGGGCCCUUGUCCCUGCCCACCUCCCGGAGGCUGAAGAUGGACCAGAGCCCCUCCAUGCUCCAGGGGGGGCGGGGAGACUUGGGGACCAACAUGCUGGCUUCUGAGUUGGUUCAGCUCCACAUGCAGCUAGAGGAGAAGAGGAAGGCCAUUGAGCACCAGAAGAAGAAGAUGGAGAUGCUGUCAGCCAGGCAGAGACAGAAGCUGGGCAAGGCUGCCUUUCUGCACAUUGUCAAGAAGGGCAAGAGCGACACCCUGCCCCACCUGCUCAAAACAGACUACUGCAAAGAAGAACUCAAUGGGGACAAAGGGGGAAGCUCAAAAGACGACUCUUGCGUGGACGCUCUGAGAGGGGCCACAGAGACUGAGUCUGCCACCUCGCCUGUCCCAGAUGCCUUAGAGACGGUGGACAAGAAGGGCAGCUGUAGUCCUGGUCUGCUGCUGGAUGAAGAGCUGGACUUGGAUGAGUGUAACCGCUCCAUUGAGAUGCUGAAUGACGCCAUCGGCAGCAUCCAGCAGCAGAUGAUGCAGCUUUCCCUCCAGCAGGACCUGCUGAUGAAACAGAACGUACAGUCCCCUCCCAGGGUCCCGUCUCCCUGCUCAGUCAAUGAGAAGACCAGCGGAUCUGAACCCAAGGCCCGACCUGCCGUCCAUUUUGUGGAUUUGGGCAGCGGCGCACCAACCACCGGCACCGCUCCAUCCAGGAAACCACCCAAGCUGAGUUCGGCCCGCGGCCCCAGGACCAAGCUCUCAGAGCUGAAGCUGGCCAAAGAGCACGGCAGGCCGGGCCUGGCAUCAAGCAGGGCUAUCACCCCACCCCACAGCCUGGAGACCCUGCCUCACCUGAGGCAGUUUCCUGGGGGCAGGUCCCCCAGGGCGGACCACCCCGACGUCAGCUCCAAAACCCCCUCCGCAGGUGGAGAGACAAUCAGUGGGCAGGACAAGCCUGGACGUCGUGCCACCUUCAGGCUCCACGACGAGGCUAACCUGCGCACAGCGGCCCAUAUCGAACCAGUGGUCGUCACCCCAGAAGUGUCCUUUGAGCCGUGCCUGUCCAGUACCCUGAGGGAGGGGGAGCUGAACUCCUCUGACGGCUCGGGGAAGGAGAACAUCCCCUUGGAGGAAGUGUCGAGGAGCAAAGCCCCCCUGAUCGAGGUGGACCUGUCAGACCUGAAGGACCCAGAGGAGAUGGAGGGAGAUGGGGGGCAGGACAGCACCAUGGAUGGGGAGGAAGGGGAACAGAAGUCUGGCCUGGGAUUCUUCUUCAAGGAUGAACAGAAGGCAGAGGAUGAACUGGCUAAGAAGAGAGCAGCUUUUCUCGUAAGGCAGCAGAAGAAGGCUGAGGAGACCCGGCUACGAAAAAUGCAGCUGGAGGCUGAGACUGAACAGAAACGGGAAGAGGCCAGGCGGAAGGCGGAGGAGGACCGGAUGAGGAAGGAGGAGGAGAAGGCCCGUAGGGAGCUCAUCAAGGAGCAGUACCUGAGGAGGAAGCAGCAGGAGCUGAUGGAGGAACAGGGCCUGGGCAGCCCCGCCAAACCCAAGACUGCUAAGACCAAGCCCAAGAAACUCAGUCACCAGACUCACAGACCCAAGUCUGCGUUCAGCAGAGAGGAGAUCUCUAGCGACACCUUCUCCUCCAAGGGCUCUUCUUCCACACCUGACAACCUGAGCAGUGUCCAGUCAGGCUCCAGUCUCUCCCUGGCCUCCGCUGCCACCGCCGAGGCAGACAGCGUCAACCCUGGAGUGCCAGGCUCCCAACGGGGUGAGUCUGUGGAGUCGUUCCCAGGCCUGAGUCGGAACGCCAGUCGGAACACUGACAGAGACUGGGACAACGGAUCCACUGCGUCUUCCAUCACCUCCAUGGCAGAAUACACUGGUCCCAAGCUGUUCAGGGAGCCCAGUUCCAAGUCCAACAAGCCAAUCAUCUUCAAUGCCAUCUCCCAUUGCUGCCUCGCUGGCAAAGUCAACGAACCCCAGAAGAACACCCUUCUAGAGGAGCUGGAGAGAGUAGAUGCACACCACCUGAUGAUCCUGUUCAGGGAUGGGGGUUGCCAGUUCCGGGGGGUCUACUCCUACUUCCCAGACACGGAGGAGAUCCUCAAGCUGACCGGCACGGGCCCCAAGAGCAUUAGCAAGAAGAUGAUCGACAAGCUUUACAAGUACAGCUCGGACCGCAAGCAGUUCACAGUCAUCCCCGCUAAGACAGUGUCGGUUAGCAUAGACGCCAUCACCAUCCACAACCACCUGUGGCAGGCCAAAAGAACCACUGUGCCAAAGAAGAGCGGGAAAUAAUCUGGGGAGGCCCCUGGAACUCACCCUGGGGAACCCCUCCUAGGGUCCAUUCCACCAUGCUCUGCUGGAUAGACUGCAUUGACGUCCACAGCCAAUGAAACUCCCCCUCUAUCAAGGAUGGCCAGACACGGGGCUCCUUCAGUUCACACUGGAGGCAUGUAUCAAUGGAUACAUGUACUGGUGGCCUGCCAGUGACUUUGUCAUCUGUCGAGAUCUCCAUGUGUUCUGUUCAGGUUGUUCGUUGAUGGAUUCAUUCGGUUGGGUUUUUCUAAAGACUAAGAGAAACGUGUCAUUUUUUCAUGUGGUGGAUGUCUUUUUACUUGAAGUAUUUGUUGUUUUGUCACUGAAAUGGUUGAGCUGCAGCAUCCUGCACCAUCCUGCACCAUCCUGCAGCAUCCUGCACCAUCCUGCACCAUCCUCCUCUCUCUUGUUGGAGGGGUAGGUGGUUCUCAAUCUCUCCACUUCAAAAUCUGACCUGAGAUGACCAGCUUACUUUCUUUUAGGACUUCUAGGACCAGUAUUCUGCAACAAAUCAAUCUCCAGUAUAACUAGCUACCAGACAAGCAUUGCCAACUUUGCCUCUCCCGUUCUCUCUGUCCAAUGUGCUGCUCUGAACUGUCUCCUGUUUGUUACUGGGCUCCCAGACCAUCCACUGGCCUUCUACAAGCAUCAUACUGCUACUAUCAACCGUCUAUUUAUUCAAACUCUUCUAAACUUGCGCAGUGCAGCCCGUCGUAGCACUGUCUAUCUGGGAUGUAGAAUGGUGGCGAUUGUUUUUAAACUACUCAUCUAGUCUCCAUUAGGCCUUUAAAACGAGGGGGUAAAGACACGCGGGGAACAAUAGGCAUUGGUACUCUUCGAAAUUGUCAUGAUGCUUAUUUUGUAAGUUUUUGUUAUUUUUUUUAUGGAAAACUGUGGUUGGUUAUACAGUAAUCGGCGCUGAUGUGUUAUCAUAACAUUACAUGAAUCGGUAUGGCGUACGUUAGCUAGCUAGAGCUAGUCAUUUCUCUCCACUAGGCACUACUUCCUGUAUAAAGGUGCACUCCACUCAUCACGUUUCAAAGGCUUUUAUCAUGCAAUGUACCACCUCCCUUCUACCACAUGAGUGAUCGGCUACCCACCAUGGGUGGGGUCAUUCCAUUUCAAUUCAAUCAGCUCAGGAAGUAAAAUUAAAUGUUUAUUUUUGUUUACUUCCUGAAUUGACGAAAUUGACCCUAACCCUGCUAAGCCAACUUUUCUCCCCUCCCCCAGAGAGCUGCAUGCUCUUGUUCUGAAGAGUGUGUGUGUGUUCUGCUGUAACCGGUUUGAAUGACAGUAUUUAAUAUAUUCAUAAUGGGUCACUCUGUGGGACUGUGGUCUAGUUAUUUACCUACCGACCGACAUUAAAGAACAUUCCUGAAAGGUGUCAACAAACACUGCCACCAUUUUAUUUUUCUCUCUCUGUCCAAGUGCUUAUUAUUAGAUACCGUAUGUUGGCCUCAAGAACAACUAAGUGUUGCACGUGCACUUUACUCACUGAUUACAGAAAGUGGAAUUCAACUUUAAAAGGGCAUUCAAAAUGUAUUGCAGAAGGAAGAUGGUAUAUUUUUCAUAACUGAACUCCUGUGCACUCCAAACUGAGAAACCUUUCCUGAACUAAAACCAAACACUAAGAUUUAAGAAUGGGUGACCAGUCAACUAAAAUAACAUCCUUCCUUCACUAAUACUGCCGUCUCCAAAAAUAUAUAGAGUACUUGAUUAUAAUUUUCUGCAUUUGAUUUAUUUUUUUAUAGAUAUUUUGUAUGUUAGUGUUUUUGUCUACUAAAAUAUUAUAUUGUCAUUUAAUCACUAUUUGUGUGUGUACUUCCCAUCCCUGUUCAUUUGACUAUUUCUUUGAGAUCAUACCAUCUAUUUAUUUUUAAAUGGAAGCACUGAAACUGAAUAAAUUUUUAAAGUUAUUAAAACACAUUUCAAUC